AUGAAUACUUUUUUCAUUGUUUUAAUUUUUGUUAUUUUAGACUAUUUAUUCAAGUUUUUGAUUAUUGGAAAUGCUGGCACAGGAAAGUCAUGUUUGUUGCAUCAUUUUAUUGAAAAUGAAUUCAAACAUGAUACGACCCAUACAAUUGGUGUUGAAUUUGGUUCGAAGGUAAUUCAACUGAAUAACAAGGCAGUGAAGCUGCAGAUAUGGGACACAGCAGGACAAGAGCGUUUCCGGUCAGUGACUCGCAGUUAUUAUCGCGGAGCUGCUGGUGCGUUGCUUGUUUAUGACGUAACAUGCCGAGAGAGUUUCAACGCGCUGAUGCAGUGGUUAUCGGAUGCAAGAUCUCUGGCUAGUCCACACAUAGUGGUUUUGCUUAUUGGUAAUAAAAAAGAUUUGGAGGAACGACGAGAAGUAACUUUUCUAGAAGCGAGCCAAUUCGCUCAAGAGAACGGUGAACUUUACCCAGAUCGAAUGGGUUCCGGCAUUCAGUAUGGUGAUUCACAGAUGACGCAUAUUUCUUUGGAAAAGUCUAACAUACUUCCGAGCAGCUGUAAUGUUUGCAGCUAA